AUGCAGACUGUGUGGAAUGUGCCUGGUCAUACUUCCGGCGAGAAUCCGACGGCGUUUCCUUCUGGUGAACCCCCUCCCAUCCUUCCCCCUGACCCUCCUGACCGUGCAUCCUCCCUUUCCCCUGUAAACUUCCCCACUCUAUCUGACUCCACGACCAAAACUGCUCUUUCCACUGCUUCCCGUAAAGGGCACAGGAAAUUGCUAUUGCAAAACCCUACUGCUGCUGUCUCCCCUGGUACUCAGCUUAACUCUACUACCUCUAUUGAAAUCAGUCCGAUGGAUAUGGAAAACUGGUCUUCUAAGUGGAUCUAA